CGGAUGGUUGGGCCUUCCCUGUGGUGGCCCCGGGUCUCCCCCACCCCCAGCCGCCGCGAGUCCUCGCCGUCCGGCACCCGAGUGACGCGGAUCGACAGCGCCGAGACAGCGCCUCGUGGAUAGGUCGUCAUCGGCGAGGUCCCUGGCCGCCCUAGCGGCCCUGGCGGCCCUAGUGCACCUCCGUCAUCCACCCGCUGCGCACUGCUGCGCACGGCCGGGCUGUCGGCUGUCGCGCCCGAUCCUGACCAAGCAGAGCGGCUAGCGGCGGUCACUCGCGCUGACGCACAACACGGCCAGGAUGGCGGGGAACGGGCAAGCGGGACCCGCCCUGAACCACCCCCAGGUCGCCGAGGACAUGAACCUGUUCCACAAGCAGCACCCCUCCACGCCGCCGCCGCGCUUCAGCUCGCCGUCCAGGCUGCAAUCGCGGACCACCAAGGCGGAGCGCGCCUUCAGGACGGCGGCGAAGCGGGCCGCCACGUCGACCUUGCUCCAGGGCAUCGUGUGGACGGCGCUCGGCGCCCUGGCCGUGUUGCUGCACUACGGCAUGCUGCCCGUGCCGGACAUCACGGAAGAGAUCGAAAAAUGGAACAGCUGGGAGUUCAUCAUGUACAACAUGUACUUUAAGGAGAACGCCGCCUUGCCCGACCUCCCAGAGGAGGGCGUCGUGUCGGCCACGCAGAUGCUGUACUUCUCCAUCGCCACGCUCGCCGCCAACGCCCUCAUGCUCCUGCUGUCGUUCGUGCUGCUGACGCGGCUGUGCUGCGGCGCCAACCCGCGGGCCGACCUCGCGGCGGUGGUGCUGUGGGCCGCGUCCGUGAUCGUCGUCACCACGGUGGACGUGAUGGUGGCCGCCGCCAUGGUGCGCGACCUGGUGCUGCUGGAGAGCUGGCAAAAGUACUGGCCCGACGAUGGCUUCACGGCGCUGCGCUUGUGCCCCGGCGCCGUCCUCGCCCUGGCCCUGCGCGGCGGCGUGCUGCUGCUGGCCAACGUGGCCUGCAUGCUGCUGGUGCUGCGGAGGCUGCAUAACUACCGGAACCAGGGCGACGCGGCCAGCGCGUCGCAGGCCGCCACCAAAGCAGACGGACCCAUCGACGGCUUCCUGUACCCAAAUGGCGACAAGGAGGGCAUGGACAACCCCGUGUUCGUCCCGGACGAGGCGGAGCACCCCUGGAGGACCUUCAAGCCCGAUCAGAACGGGAACCAGCGUGCCAACGCGCACCCCGGGCACGACCUCGGCUACCUCAGCAAGGAUGACCCCGAAGACAUCUCCCACUUGAUGUGGAUGGAGGAGGUGGACAAGCACGUCGACGUGCACGUGCGACGCGGCCGCCUCGAGGACCGGCCCCCGCCGCACCAUCGCUACGGCUUCGUGGAGGACGCGCCGCCACAACACCACGUCGAAGACCACCACCUCAGCCAGCACUUCCCCAGCGGCAGACUCCGCGCCGCCCUCGGGCCCCUCAGCCCCGGCCCCCUGCCCGUCGGCUACCCCGAGACGGGCCAGGGGCUGCGACUGUCACGAGCCGCGCUCGCCGAUCCUCCCUCGCACGUCCCUUCCCACGCCCUUUUCCAGGCCCCCACCCAGACCCACUACCAAGGCCCCCCUCAGGCCCCCUCACAUGCACUUUUCCAGGCCCCCACGCAGACCCACUACCAAGGCCCCCCUCAGGCCCCCUCACAUGCACUUUUCCAGCCCCCCAGCCAGACCCACUACCAAGGCCCCCCUCAGGCCCCCUCACACGCACUUUUCCAGCCCCCCAGCCAGACCCACUACCAAGGCCCCCCUCAGGCCCCCUCACACGCACUUUUCCAGCCCCCCUCCCAGGCCCCCUCACACGCACUUUUCCAGGCCCCCUCACAGACCCACUACCAAGGCCCCUCGCAGGCCCCCUCACACGCACUUUUCCAGCCCCCCUCCCAGCCCCACUUCCAAGCCCCUCAGGCCCCCGCCCUGCCCCCCGUGGACUACUCGCCGCCGGCGCGGAGACGCGGUGACGGUGGCGCUGCCGACAGGGCCCUGGCGGCGGGAAGGGCCAACCUGCGUCCCGUGAGGCAGGACCGCUUCUGAGAUGUAUGUCAUUAAAACGAUUAUCGCUUGUAAGAUGUCGCGUAUGGUGGUCUUUUGUUCGAAGGUGGCUUUUCAAAACAAAGGCGUACGCACAAAAACACGAUUUUUAA